AAGAUGACUUUACCUUAUUUACCAGAUGAUUGUAUUUAUCAUAUUUUACAACACCUUCAAAAUGAUCAUUCAACUUUAUUUAAUUGUUUAUUAACUAAUCGAUUUUGGUGCAAAUCAACAAUUCCUUUACUUUAUGCAAAUCCUUUUAUUAUACCUACAUCUGAAAAAAAUUGCUCAAUAAUCUUGACCUUAAUUUAUUGCUUUAAUAAAGCAGAAAUUUUACAAUUGAAGAAUCAAUUAGGACCAAACCGAAUUAAUAAUAUUAAUUUAGAUGAAGAAUACAAACCAUUAUUUGAAUAUUUAAAAUAUUUGGAAAUAUAUAAUCAUCAUACAAUAGAUACCAUAAUUAUUAAAUGUAUGUUAAAAUAUUUUUCAGGUCCAUCUGUUUUUUCUAAGGAUAUAUAUGAUAUUAUUUCAAUAUUUCAUAUAUCAAUUUUACGUCAAAGUAAAAACAUUAAACAAUUAGAUAUUUCAUCAUAUAUAUUUUAUAAAGAAAGUUAUAAAACCUUUGAUGUUCAAAAUUUCACUUCAAAUUUAACAAAAUUAAAUUCAUUAUCAUUUAAUAUUUAUAAAUCAGGCAAUGGAAUUGAACAAGAAUUUUUAAGUAAUAUAGUAAAUAAUUGUUUAAAUUUGAGAAAAUUAAUAAUUAAGUUUCCUCAAAGAUAUGAAACUUUCAAUCAUUUUGUUACUUUUGAAAAGCUUUGUACAAUUAUUCAAGAGCUAAACAAACUUGAAAUAUUUAAGAUAGCAAAUUGUUAUUCUUUAUUAAAUAAUGUUCUUUGGUCUUUAGAAUUUCAAAAGAAUUCUUUAGUUAGUAUUGAAUUUACAAAUACCAACUUUAGUAAUGUUAGUUUAAAAAAUUUUAAUAAUUUAUAUAAUUUAAAAUAUUUAAGUUUUAAAUAUUGUAAAGGUAUAUUAUUAAACCAAUGUGAGAUUUUAAAAUUUGCUUCAUUUAAGCUCAAAGAACUAUCAAUUGUAAGCAAUGUAAUCAAUAGUGAUUGGAGUGUUGAUAUCACAUCAUUAAUGAUCAAAUAUUUAGGUGAAUCAUUACAGAGAUUAAUAAUUGAGAAUCCGACAGUUCUUCUUAUUGAAAAUAUUUUAAUGUAUUGUCCAAAUCUUAUUUUAUUAAAAAUAAGUAUUAAAUUUCAUAUUGAUUUAUCAUUUUUAUCACUUUUUAGAAAUUUAAAAACAAGAAUGUUAAAUGUUAGCAUUUUUUCUCAAAAUACUAAAUUAGGUGAAGAUUUAGCAAAUAAUAUACCAAUUAAUAUUAGUAAAAUUUCUAUUUAUUAUCAUGAUCCCAAUCCUAAUAGGUUUUUACUGUUUAAGGAAUUUUUAGAAAAUUGUCAUAAUAAGUUUGAAAUAAUUAAUUUAAAUUAUAUUAUUGAUUUAAAAUUUCUUAAAGUUGUUUUAAAUUAUAUUGAAGGAAGUAACAAUAGUUUAAAAAUUCUUGGUGUGACGAAAUUGGAUAAAAAUUUGAAUGAUGAGGAAUCAAAAUUAUUGAAUAGAAUUAAAGCAAAAGGAAUUAAAAUAAUGGAAUUUAAUAGUAUACAUGAUAUCUAUAUUUAUAAAGACAUAUAAUAUUGGUAUUUAUAGAUUUUUAAUAUUUAGCUUUAGGGUUUAUUUGGUUUGUUUACUAUUUUUUAUUCACUUAUAAAUAA